AUGUUGUUGCAGACAAAGUUGACAAGAAUCGACAACUGGUGUGCACCAAUGGCCCGAUCUUUCGGCCCGCAGGUAGCACCAUUGUGGUCUACGAUUGCGCGCUCUAUCCGAGGGGUACACUCACCGAUGACCAAGUACGGCGUACCUUCCGUGUUGAUGGCUAUCGAUGGGGCAACUCGAAGGGCGUCCACAAUCUCAGCAACGGGCUCCAGAAGCGGUACAACCUCCUCUACUGCAGGAACAACCCGCACGGCGACGACAGAUUCGUCUCAGUUCUGCCUCCAUCUGUCCGGUGAUAGUCGUGCGGAGUGGCUACUGUUUGCUCAUGCGAUUGACUUCAGGCGCUGCGAAUAUUCGCGCGAGCCAUGCGGUUUGGUGCUGUUCCAUUAUAUCGGCGAUCACAUAAUAGGCGCUGAAGUGUCGGACAGCACUCCCCACGGUAAUGCCAAAAGGACCAGCCAGCCGUUUCUUCGCACUCUGCCGAUCAUACUGCAGGAGGUGAAGGAGCAGACAAUCGUGAGCUCAAAUGCUGUGGAGGUAAAUUUUUUUGCUAAGCUUCUCGAAAUGUUCUGCGCAAUGGCAUAUCGUGAAAGCAACUGCCUGUCGCCCGCAUUUUCCGCGCAGAAGAAGGGAAGAAUGCGAAAGGCCGAGUCAAGUGGUGCAAAUACAAGCCGAGCGUCUCCCAGACUUUGCUAG